AUGGCUUCUAGGAAAGGGGCUAUCUUGAAGGUUAUUGUCCUUGGCGACAGCGGUGUUGGAAAGACGAGUCUGCUGAAUCAAUAUGUCAACAAGAAAUUCAGCGCCAGUUACAAAGCUACCAUCGGUGCCGACUUCUUAAUUCAGAAGGUUCUCAUCGACGACCAACAAGUCACAGUGCAGCUCUGGGAUACAGCCGGUCAGGAACGUUUUCAAUCUUUAGGCGUUGCGUUCUACCGAGGUGCCGACUGCUGUGUGCUGGUUUUUGAUGUCAACAACUCUAAGAGUUUCGAUUCGCUAGAUAGCUGGAGAGAUGAAUUCUUAAUCCAAGCUUCUCCGAGGGAUCCCGAGAACUUCCCUUUCGUCGUCCUUGGAAACAAGAUCGAUGUCGACGAGAGCAAGCGAGUAGUCUCGAGUAAGAGGGCAGCUACUUUCUGCCAGUCUAAGGGCGAUAUCCCAUAUUUUGAGACUAGUGCAAAGGAGGCGGUCAACGUUGAGCAAGCGUUUGAUGUCAUUGCACGGCAUGCCCUGGCACAAGAGGAGUCCGAAGAGUUCAGUGGAGACUUCCAAGACCCUAUCAACAUCCACAUCGAGAACGACCGCGAUGGGUGCGCAUACGACGAUAUGGCAGCGCCGGAAUCGAUAAUUACUACGGAUGAGAGGCAAUCCGGAUUUGAUGCUCCUAGAAGGAGACUUUCCGAGCCACCAGUACCGUCUGAGAACAUGUCCGGGUCAUCCGCGUCCUGGGGAAGUAUACCAAGCUUGGGAAGAAAGGGAGGGAUCAGGAAUAUGGCCAGGAGGACUCUGGGUAUUAGUCUAUUACUGGUCACCGUAUUCCUGUGGACGGCAUCAAAUUUCCUCGCCAGCUAUAUCUUUUCCGACCACACCUACGAUAAGCCAUUCUUCCUAGUAUAUAUCAAUACGUCCGUAUUUGCGCUGUCGAUGAUCCCUAUAUCCAUAAAACACAUAAUACAGAAUGGCGGCUUUACCCGUGUCAAGAACCAGGCGAUGCAGGAGUGGAGAAUGAGAUACCAAGGGGUAGAGAGGCUAAAGACACAGGAGGAAGAAGAAGCAGUUACAGUAGGCGAGAGGCUAUUAUCCGAUGACGAGGGAAGUUUCGAAAUAGUCGAUCCGCCGAGGACAUCGGACAAGCUCUCGUUUCUGGAGACGGCGCGGUACAGCCUCGAAUUCUGCAUGAUCUGGUUUCUGGGGAACUACUUUGCGUCGGCGUGCCUAGAGUACACGAGCGUGGCGAGCGUUACGAUCCUCACAUCUACGAGUAGCGUGUGGACGCUGGUAUUCUGCGCAGUGAUGCGUAUCGAGCCAUUCUCGAUGCGCAAGCUAGUCGGCGUAUUGGCUUCGCUCACGGGAAUCAUCCUUAUCUCCACCGUCGACCUCUCGGGCGAUAAUGACGACAACCGAGGAAACUUCCCGCAUAAGAGCCAGCAGCAGAUAGCUAUCGGCGACGCUAUGGCCUUCUUCAGCGCGGUCGUUUAUGGGCUGUAUGUUGUGGUGAUGAAGGUGCGCAUCGGAAACGAGGAGCGCGUGAAUAUGCCCUUAUUUUUCGGACUUGUGGGAGUGUUUAAUAUCCUUUUUCUGUGGCCUCUUUUUUUCAUCCUGCAUUUUACAGGAAUCGAGCCGUUUGAAUUACCUCCAAGCGGGAAAGUCUGGGCAAUUAUCAUACUCAAUUCGAUAUCUUCCUUCAUCUCGGACAUCUCGUGGGCUUACGCGAUGUUACUCACAACGCCAUUAGUUGUCACUGUUGGUCUAUCCUUAACUAUACCACUGUCCUUAAUCGGCGAAAUGAUACAAUACGCGCAAUACUCCAGCUUCAUAUACUGGAUCGGCGCUGCAAUUGUACUAGUCUCAUUCAUCUUCGUCAACCACGAGAGUCAUGACGAAGAUGACGAUGCGAAAACUAGUCCUGAAAGAGGAACUAGAACGGCAGAGCCGUAG